GUAAAGGUAAAGGUUUUGCCUGAUCAGUCGUGUCUGACUCUAAGGUGUGGUACUCAUCUCCAUUUCCUAGCCGAGGGAGCCAACGUUGUCUGAAGACACUUCUGAGGUCAUGUGGCCAGCAUGACUAUAAAUCGAGGUGCAUGGAACAUUACUACCUUCCCAUCAGAGUGUGUGGAAGAAAAAACCCUAGGUGAAAUGCUUCAUGAAAAAGUGGCAUCCGGUUAAGAAGAAGCUGUGUGCACCAUCUACCAGUAUGGCUUUGUACUAUCCUGGCAUGUUUCAGAAUUUUCCUUAUGCAUUCUUGCCCCAGGUUCCGAUGCACAACACUUACAAGCCUCUUGCUAUCAUGGACUAUAAUAUGGACUAUGGUUACAAUGACAAUUUAUCCAACCAAAUGGAGUACCAUCACAUCUAUGGUCCAAGUCCUUUUUUUUACCCUUAUCCUUUCUGGCACUUUCCCCAGGUGACUUCUGUUCCUCUAUACCAGCCUUACAGUAACUAUUAUCCUCAUAUGGCAGUCCAGAGACCAAGCUGGGAUCUGUGGCCUGAAGGGUUUGUUCUGAGAGGAGAGCUCCAUUGGGGUAGGCUUGAACGCGUUGUGGGGCCUAGGAGGAACUUGCCAGACUUUGUGAAAGAAGAUCUCAGAAGAGUCUAUGGCACGUAUCCAAAGACAGAUGUUUCCAUAAUGUAUCAGAAUGGUGAAUUUAUUGUAAAAGGAAACCCCAGGGUAGGAGAACAAGAGUACAAGAUAGAGAAGACAAUCAUAAGAAAAGAACCCACCCCAACUGCCAGUGAAGCUGAGGACAGCAGUGAAGAGAGGAACAGAAAGAAGAAAAAGAAAGCAAAGAGAUGAUGUAGCUGGAUUAAACUAUACUGACUGAAAAAGCACUCAUCUCUGCUGCUGUAAGAGCCAAGGAUGUCUAUAAUGAAACUAGGCUAUAAGCAUAACACCAUAUAACACUGGGGCUAGUGAAAAAUAAUAUUCAAUUAAAAUUUGUAUAAUUGUCAAUUUGCUUCCUUUGCAGUCAGUAAUCACAGAGGUGGGGGGGUAUGAGGGUGCAUUCACUAAUACUUUAUGUAUAAUUGAUUUUGUGUUCUUGCUUUUUUUGGCAGUAUUUGAAAUGAUUCUUGCAUUGAAAGGCCAUGCCAAAAUCAGAAUUGCUGCUACCCUUACUUUUUUUUGUAAUAUAUAUAUGUAAUAUAUAUAUUUUAUAUAUAUAUAUAUACACACAGGGUAGGAAGGAAGGGAGGCACUAACUACUAAACCAUAAGAUAUUCACUAUGGAUCUACUUAGAAAUUAAACCUGAAAUGACAAUACAAGAUAAUAGUGUAUUUCAUCGCCAUCUAUUUUUUCACCUGUAAUUUCAGAUACACAGAAAGGUAACAUUAGGGCAGGAUUAUCAUUUUAGGUUAGCAAGGAUUCACCUUGCUUAACUCUUAAAAUAGCCUUUUGAAUAUCUUCUGUGCCAUUGAUUAUUCCUCUGAAUCUCAACGUUUUAUUCACAAAGUUAUGAUUGACUAUUAGACUGAAACCUAAUUUGUA